CCCGAUCAUCACAGGGUUCUCUGCCAUCUCAAUCGACGACGGGACCUUAGUUUUCUUUCACCAUCACCAAACUCGCCUCCAGCUUCAACCGCCCGUCAGCUACUAGUUAUCACACCCCACCCCAACGCUUACUCAAUGAUCGGCCGGCCCAGUACCACUUUCUGGGUCUCUGCUGCAUGAUAUUGCGCGUCACAUAUGCGACGUCCUUUGAUUGCACAAAAUAUCCCUGAUCGCCGCACGAGCUGUCGAUAGCCGAGCACACCAUAGAGAUCAGAUGGAUUGAGCAAUGAACUCAUCCUGUCAUCUCAAGCUCACGCACAUAAGAAAGCGCUCCGGAGAAGAACCGACCGUACUUCCAUUGUUCGGAUGACGGGCUUUGCUUCUGUCUGUCUAUCUGUCAGAUGUAUACCCGACAUGACAUCACAAGUGCACGUCUUUGCUUAGUGAGAGCAGUGUUUACUUAGCACGCGGUGUACUGUGUAGGCAGCGCAACAACCGAAUGGGACUCUUCUCCAGCAAAAGAGUCAGACUUGUCGCUUAAGUUGGGCUCUCGGGCAUGAAGCAAUCAGAAUGCCUACCUUAUCGUUUUUCCUUUCUUUUUUGGCUAUCCGCGAUGGCCCGUUGGCGUGCUUCCCCUCCCGAGCCUACCAACUUCCCCAUUUAUUCCAAUGCUUGGCAAGCGGACGCACUUCCGAUGUUUCUCCCGGCCUCUGGAUCUGAACAUCAUGGCAGCUCCAACAGUCUCGGAUCCUGGAACUGCCGCGGUCGACGUGGCCGUUCCAAAGUCUCCGUCGACUCGAUGCUCUUCUCGAUUCCAUUGUCCCUGGCAUAUAUUUGAUGUGGCCUAGUUCUUCCCUUUUCUCUCCCGAUCCUCUUCUAUCAGAGUCUCUGCUCUGGACGCAUUCGACGUGUCGGUUGCCUCUCUUAGCAAUCCGGGCCUUUCACAGUCAGGACAAAGCCAGAUCGACGCCCCAGCGCCAACCUCUAUAGGUUUCUUUCUCAUGUGCAGAGGUCUUGCUUCAUCUCUCAUGACAAGAUAGGCUUCUACGUCCACGGCUCUAUAUGACAAUAGCGCCAACAAGCUAUAGAGACUGCCCAAGAUGUACGACUAUGCUUUUGUUCACUUAAAAUUCACGGUACCCGCGGCGGUACUUCUCACCGCUAUCGCCUACCCCAUUCUCAACAGGAUACAUCUCAUCCAAACAGGCUUCCUCGUCGUCGUCGCCUUUACCGCCGCUCUGCCAUGGGAUGCCUACUUGAUUAAGCACAAAGUAUGGUCUUACCCACCAGAAGCCAUUGUUGGGCCGCGUUUGCUUGGAAUUCCCUUUGAAGAGCUGUUCUUCUUUGUGAUACAGACUUACAUCACGGCGCUCGUAUACAUCCUCUUCAACAAGCCGGUGCUGCACGCGUUGCACCUCAACAAUCAACAAAACCCGCCAGCAUGGAUGAGGGUUGUCAAGGUUACCGGCCAGGUAGUCCUCGUAGCCUUGUCGGUAUGGGGAUGGAAUGCCGCUCAGGUUCAUCAGGAAACAAGCUAUCUCGGCUUGAUCCUUGUUUGGGCUUGUCCGUUCUUACUGGCUAUCUGGACCCUCGCUGGGCGCUUCAUUCUCAGCCUACCCUGGUACGCGACGGUGCUCCCGAUGUUCCUACCCACCUUCUAUCUUUGGGCGGUAGACGAGUUUGCCUUGCACAGGGGUACUUGGUCCAUCGGAUCGGGGACGAAGCUCGAUUUUUGUCUGUUUGGCAAGUUGGACAUUGAAGAAGCCACGUUCUUCCUGGUGACCAACAUGCUCAUCGUUGGCGGUAUGGCCGCGUUCGAUCAAUAUCUGGCCGUCAUUUACGCUUUCCCAACUCUGUUCCCCAAGGUCAACCGGUAUCCGACAACUCAUAUGCUUCUUCAAAGCCGUCUUAUCAACACUUCCAGGUACGAUCUUGAGCGCAUUGAGGGCCUGAGAGAAGCGGUCGAGAGACUGCGCCUGAAGAGCAGGAGUUUUUACCUGGCCAAUUCGCUCUUUUCUGGUCGACUCCGCAUUGACCUGAUCCUGCUGUACUCCUUCUGUCGCCUGGCUGAUGAUCUAGUCGACGACGCCAAAUCUCGCCGUGAGGUCUUGUCCUGGACCGCGAAGCUGAACCACUUCCUUGAUCUGCACUACAAGGACGCGGACGCCACCGAGGACCCCAAGAAAAAGGCGGAGCGAAUCGACGCCUACAUCAAGACAGCGUUCCCUCCCUGUGCCUACCAAGCCCUCCACCUCCUGCCCACUCACAUUCUUCCUCCCAAGCCUCUUUACGAUCUCAUCAAGGGUUUCGAGAUGGACUCUCAAUUCACCUUCCACGGUACUUCCGACUCUACGGAUCUCCAAUACCCCAUCGCCGACGACAAGGACCUUGAGAACUACGCUAUCUAUGUCGCCGGUACCGUCGGCGAGCUCUGCAUCGCCCUCAUCAUCUACCACUGCCUGCCAGACAUGUCGGACACUCAGAAGCGCGAGCUCGAGACCGCCGCGUGCCGGAUGGGCAUCGCGCUGCAGUACGUCAACAUCGCUCGUGACAUCGUCGUCGACGCACGUAUCGGGCGCGUUUACUUGCCUACCACCUGGCUCAAGAAGGAAGGGUUGACGCACAAGAUGGUCUUGGAGAACCCCGAGGGUCCCGAGGUCAUUGAGCGGAUGAGAAGACGGCUUUUGGAAAAUGCGUUUGAGCUGUAUGGGGGCGCGAGGCCUGAGAUGCAACGGAUACCGAGCGAGGCUAGGGGCCCGAUGAUUGGUGCCGUUGAAAAUUACAUGGCGAUUGGAAGGGUGUUGAGGGAGAGGAAGGAGGGGACGGUGUUUGUGAGGAUGGAGGGGAGGGCUACGGUCCCGAAGCGAAGGAGGUUGAGCACGCUGUUGAGGGCGUUGUAUGAGCAGUAGACGGUGGUGGUGGUGGUGAUGGUUGGUGGUGUUAGGCUAGUUCGAUGUGGUGUGUUCCGGCAUAGAAGGUUUGAUGAUUUUUUUGAAGACUUCCUUUUGUUGUCUGUAUAUAUCGUCCUCUUUUAUGCAUAGAGAAAAGCUGAUGACACGUGGGUAAUUAUAUGAGAUGUUAGAAGCCCGGAAGAAGUGUGAGUGAACAAUGAGAGUUGAGAUCCAGGUGGUUCAGAUAAGAUGAGGUGAUAUCAGGAUGUGGUCGAGACUGAACACAUUCCCGAUUAGACCAAAUUAAAAGUACUUGCAAUG